CAUCCAGGACACUGUAACUGCUUUACUAAACAUCUGACAGAGACGAAGAAAGUGACGCAUCUGAAGACAAAUAUGAAGCUUAUAAAGAGAGAGGUUUCUGGGAGGCUGUGUGGCAGUCAUUCGUGGCUCUGGUUCAGCUGGGUCCGGAGUUCCUGCCGAGGUCAUUAUCAGGUCGCGUUUCUGCAUUCUUCUGGGGAGUCGGCAUCCUUGUGGCCAUCUCUACUUACACCGCCAACCUGGCUGCUUUCCUGACAGUCAGGAACGUGGACAAGUCGAUCACCUCUGCCGAGGAUCUUCUUAGACAGACGGAAAUCUCUUAUGGUGCAAUAAGAAACUAUGCUACAUGGGCGUCAUUCAAGACAACAACAACAGAACCGUACAAAUCACUGGGAGUCGUCAUGCAGGCCAAUGAAGAGUCGGUCAUUGUGGAUGACCUACAGGAGGGUCUGGACAAGAUGCGUCGGGAGAAAUAUGCACUGUUCUCGGACACCACUGAGCUGGACUACCACGCUAGCCGCAAACCCUGUGAUCUACAGACCAUCGGACGGCCGUUUUGGCAAACUGGAAAUGGGAUGUUUCUGCCUAAGAACUCCCAAUACACCGUGGAGUUCAACAGGGCCAUUGUGGCUGCAAAAGAACGAGGUGUUUUUGAAGAGUUAGAUACCAAAUGGAUCAAAAGCAAAGAAUGUUCCGGUACAGACCAGACUGAGUUAGAAUCCUCUGUGAUCGGACUACAGGACAUGUUGGGUGUGUUCGUGCUGGUGUAUGGGGGCAUGGCGUUGGCUCUCGUCGUGCUGAUUGGUGAAUUCAUCUACACAUGCGCUCAAGAUGUGAAGAAGUCAGAUGCUCACAAUCAUUCCAGCAUCAGGGUUACGUGUCCGUAUGUCGUCUGUGGCAGAGACGAGGUGUUCUAG